AGUCAGAGAGUGACACAGUCUGAUUAGGAAAUCCCUGGAGGAUGAGAAUAUAUAUCCCUACCCUGAGCUUCCACUGAGGUAAAAGUCAGGCCUGGCAGCCUUCCCCAGGCAGGAAGCAACGAGGUGGAAAAUGCAGAGCUGCAGCCCAAUGCUCCACUCUGCCAAAGAUGGGUCUUCCUGUGCCAUGGCUUCCAGUAAGCCAUCUGUCUUCUGAGGCUCCACCAGAGUCAAGGACAUUGAGAUGCUGUCAUCCUGACACAGCCAUACAAACCAGAAAGAGUCCCACUGUGCUGGCUACUGAGUGCUGGACCUAAGGUCUCCACUUUCUGUGUUCUUUGGAAGCUAUUGGAAACAAUGUUCUUCUUGUACCUGUUGAUAAUGGGUGUUUCUGCCUUCACCAUUCUGCCUGCGAAACACAGCGUGGCUUCAGAAAACUGCCAGUUCCGUGGCAAGCAUUUUAAAACUGACUUCAAGGUGGAUGGCGAACCUGUGGUCCUGAGGUGCCCCCAGGUGCGGUAUUGGCUGGGGGCCUCUGCCAGUCCCCACAUCAACCUGACCUGGCGUAAAAAUGAUUCUGCGAGGCUGAUCCCAGGGAAAGAAGAGACGAGAGUUUGGGUCCAGGAUGGUGCUCUCUGGAUUUUGCCAGCCAUGCAGAAGGACUCUGGAACCUAUAUCUGUACCAUCAGAAACAGUUCUUACUGUGAUGAAAUGUCCAUUGAGCUCAGGGUUUUGGGGAAGACAGAAGCUUUGCUGCCUAUCAUCUCAUAUCCGCAAAUUCUAACUUUCUCAACCUCUGGAUCAUUAGUUUGUCCUGAACUGAGUGAAUUCACCUGCAACAGAACUGACAUGAAGAUUCAAUGGUACAAGGAUUCUGUCCUUUUGGAUCCAGACAACAAGAAGUUUCUUUGUGUGAGGGGAACUACUCGCUUACUCAUACAUAACGUGUCUGUGGAGGAUGCAGGCUAUUACAGCUGUGUCAUGACAUUUGCUCAUCAAGGCAUGCCAUACAACAUAACUAGGAAUAUCAAACUACGUAUCAACAAAAAAGAAGAGGAGACAAUUCCUGUGAUUAUCUCCCCCCACCAGACCAUACUGACUUCUUUGGGGUCAAGACUGACAAUCCCAUGUAAGGUGUUUCUGGGAGCUGGCUCACACUCAACUACCAUGCUGUGGUGGAUGGCCAACAACACCAACAUAGACAGUGCCUAUCAUGACGGCCGUGUCACUGAGGGGCAGCGUCUGGACUACUCAGAAAAUAAUGAGAACUACAUUGAAGUGUCAUUGAUUUUUGAUCCAGUCACAAGAGAGGAUUUGACCACGGAUUUUAAGUGUGUUGUUCGUAAUACACUGGGUUUUCAGAUGCUACAUACCACAGUCAAAGAAGUGGCCACAUUCUCUUGGGGGAUUGUGCUGGCUCCCCUUUCACUGGUCUUCUUGCUUUUGGGAGGAAUGUGGAUAUACAGACGGUAUAAACACAGAACUGGAAAAGCAUAUGGUCUGACUGCAUUAAAGACUGGCCAUCAAGAUUUUCAAUCCUAUCCAAGUGAUAUAAAGGAAAUAAAAUAAUUCAAAUACAAAUGAUAUUCUUAUUUAUGAAAGUGGCUGUGCCUUUUUGAGGGACCUUGUUCUUUCCCUUAUUUGUUUAACAAAGCUGUUAUAUUUAUAGUGGGUUUGUAGUAAAUGACUGACCUAUUCAUGUGAAGUUUAUUUGAAAACUGAAUGACAGGAGAAAAUAUGGAUUGGUGAGUAACCCUCUGCCACUUGUGACCCGCUUAAAAGUGUGAGACAACAUCAGAUAUGAAGAGAGUUAAAAACAUCUAAAUGAAUUUGAAAUUCAAUUAUUCAUCAUUUAAUAAAAAUGUAUUAAAAGUC